AUGAAUAAUAACAAUCAUCCACCAACACCCACAACUCCGAAUCAUCACCACCAACAUUCCAAUGUUUCCACUCCACAAUCGUCCAUUUCAUCUAAUUCUACAUCCUCUGUAGCCUAUUCUUCAACUCUUGAUCAACAAUAUGAACAACAAUCAAAACGAUUUUUUCAUCAUUUUAUAUCAACGACUGGUACACAGGGUAGUAUGAGUCACAAUUCUUCAUCUUCAUCAAUAACGUCAACAUCGUCAACACAACUCAAUUUAGGUGUUAAUAAUAAUAAUAUUGAAAAUAAUUCCGAGUAUGGAAAUAUUUACUUGUAUUUUCACUACAUGUCUCAAUUGGAUUUUUCUCAAGCCAACCAUUUGAUUAAAAAUUCAACAAAUCAAAAUUCCCAAAUUGUCAAUCGGAAUUCAAAGUAUAAACAAAUAGAGGAUGAAAUUAUUGGAUGCCUGAGGAGAUUUAUUCAAUGCGAGACUUUAUAUUAUGAUGCUAAUUAUUCACCAAAUGAAAAACAAGAUUUGCAUUCCCUUUAUUCACUUUUAUCGAGUAAUUUGUCUCUAAUUUCUAUGAAUGCUCCGUAUGAAUUUACCAAUAAUAACAAUAAUAAUGUGGACAGUUCAAUUUACAAUAAUCAUGACCAUCAAUCGAGUGACCAUUUACUCAUGAUGAUGAUGAUGAUGGACCAAAAUAAUAAUUCACCAUCAAUGAAUAGUAAUCCGAGUGCAAAUAUUGAUUAUAUUUAUUACAAACAAGUACUUCAACCAACAAAUGGUGUUCAAAAAUAUAAUUUGAAUCUGAUUGAUAAGGAAUUUAUAUUGAGCAAACAAUUGAUUAAGGACUUUAGAGUACUUAUUCAAUUGAGAUUGGAAAUUAUUGCAUUUUAUAGAAUUCUCUCCAGAUACAAACAUCCACCAAAAUAUGAUAACUAUGUCAGAAUUAUCAAUAGUUUGAAAUCUAAAUAUAUCAAUAGAAUUAAUCAUACAUUUUUCGAGAAAAUUGUCCAAAGUAUUAACAUGGAAUUGAAUACCUUGACAUCUCUAUUCGAAUGUGAAUACAAUAUUUGUAAUUACAAAUAUAAGGAAUCUGUUUUUACACUAUGGAGGACUAAAAGUCUAUUCAAACAAUGGAAUCAGCUAUUUAUUGCACGACAACCAUCUUCCAAUACUCUCAACCCACAAUCCAAUAUUAAUACACCCCAGAGCUCGAAUAUUUCAAUACCUGCAAGUAGUAAUACUAUUACCACAAGUAGUACAUUAAGUCGAUCAUUGAGUGAAGACAAUUUGCUAGUUCAUCACCAAAAUGACCAACAACAGCAACACCAGCAACAACAACAUUUACAAAUUAACAAUGAAAAAUUUCACUCCUCUUCAACUGGCAAUAUUUCCUCCAAUCAACUCAAUUCCUCUUCCCAAAAUUUAUUAUCAAAUAAUGGAAUUAAUUUGAACAAUAAUAUGAACCAUACAAAUGGCCAAACUAUGAAUAAUUUAAGCAGGACAAAUUUAUACAAAUGGAUGACCAUGAUUUUUGGAUUCAGUCAAUCAAAGUUCACUCUAAUUUUCCAUGAUAUCGUCAAUAAUCAAUCUAGUCAAAUGACUUCAAACCAAAAUAACCAAUCUAUGGCUUCAAACAUGUCGCCAACACUUGCAGUGGACUAUAUCCAAUGGAUAAAAUCAUUUAAUGAAAUUAUCAAACCUGAAACAGUUUGUUUGAUUUACAAUGCAUCCCAUGACAAUUUAGAUACAUCACCUAUAUUAGAAACUGACCCAGAGAAGGGAUACAUGUUAAGGUUGAGAAAUUUAGAGAAUCCGGAUGAUAUUACUCUAAGUGGUAUCAAACUCUACCCAUGCAUCUUUCACUAUCCUCAAACACAAGAUGAAAACAAAAUCUCAAAGCAAACUCUUAUGUACACCUAUUGGCCAAACAUACUCUCCCUCAUUAUGGAAAAUAGUGCUGACUUGGAAGUUUCAGAAGAGGCCUUCUACUUUUCAGAUCCAAAAACCCUGACCACCUACUACUUGUGUCAAGUGACACCAAAAUUAUAUCUUUCCACUAUUAUUGUCAAGUCCAACUCCAAGGAUCAUCAAAUUGCUCUGAAAUUCAUGUCACAAAUGAAUUCAUUCAUCAGAAAUCGCAAAGUUUUCAAUUAUUUGACAACUAUUAUUCCUAGAAGUGAGCAAUCAUCUCCAUCCAGUGUUAUCAAAUCGAAAGAAGGUGCCAAUCCAAAGGAAACUCAUUCCAAUAACAAAAAGUCAACCUUCUCGCUCUUUAAAAAGAAAUAAAAAUUAAUUCUAAAUUAAUAAU